AUGAACAACAAUAAUGUCAUCAAUCAGAAUAAUGGUAGCUCAGGUGAAGAUAAAGCUUGCAAAGUUGAAGACACCAUGUUUGGAGACAGCGACGACAGUAAUGAAGGGAUGGAGUCAAGUGAGGAAGAAGUUGAAUACGAAACAGAAGAGGACAGCGAGGACGAAGAAGAAGAGGACUAUUAUGAAGAGACAGAUUACGAUGACAUUCCUGUGGUUGGACGUUUAGAGGAUCGUGUCAACAGCCUUAUAAAACAGAACGAACAAAUUUUCGGAAAAGAAAGAUUCGAAAAGCUCUAUGCCAAAUAUCAAGAGCUCUACAACAAUGAUCAAAUUCAAAACGAAGAAGCUAAAAUUAUUCCAAGAAAAGAAGUUCUAGGCGAUGACGAACCUCAAUUACGAAAAUACUGUCACCUCAUUGAAGAGUUAAUAUUUGUACAAUCCGCUCUCUUAUAA